UCCGGUAGUUUCUUAAACCUGCGGUACCACCGGAAGAACCGAACCUUUAAUCUGAGUCUCGAGUGGGAGGAAUCAGGAUUAUUGGGCAGGUAAACUGGAUUCUGACGUAAAGGACUUAAACGCGCGCUGCACGGAGGAGGGGAGAGAAGCGAUCGGAGAGGACGGACGCAGCUCCCGCAGCCUCCGGUGAUCAAAGCCCAGCCCUCUUCACCAGCCAGGACCCGAACAUGACUUUGAAGAGAAAUCCGUGCUACGACUGAGCCGAACGGAGGACCGGGGGCGGAAACAUGGCUUCUUAUCUGCAGAUUCCUGAUGAUGAGAAGGGACAUGAUUUAGACCUCUUCUGUGUUCCAAGACAUUAUGAGAAUGAUUUGGACAAAGUGAUCAUCCCCCAUGGAUUUAUCAUGGACAGGACAGAGCGCCUGGCUCGUGACAUCAUCCAGGACAUGGGGGGACACCACAUCGUGGCUCUGUGUGUCCUAAAAGGGGGCUACAAGUUCUUUGCAGACCUCCUGGACUACAUCAAAGUUCUGAACCACAACAGCGAUAAAUCGGUGCCGCUGACGGUGGAUUUCAUUAGAAUCAAGAGCUACUGUAAUGAUAAAUCUACAAAUAGUGUCAAAGUCAUCGGAGGGGACGAACUGUCCAACCUCUCAGGCAAGAAUGUUUUAAUUGUGGAGGACAUUGUGGAGACGGGGCGGACGAUGCAGGCGCUGCUUUCCCUGCUGAGUAAAUGCAAUCCCAAGAUGAUCAAAGUUGUGAGCCUUCUAGUGAAACGGACUCCCAGGAGUUCGGGAUAUAGACCAGACUACAUUGGCUUUGAGGUGCCGGAUGCCUUCCUGGUGGGUUACGCUUUGGACUACAAUGAGUACUUCAGAGAUCUCAGUCACAUCUGCAUCCUGAAUGAACGGGCCAAGGAAAAGUACAAAAUGUGAGCGUUCGAAGCAGAGACGAUAUCUGAUUCACUAAAGACUUGGACCACUGUGAUGAUCCUUCUUAGUUUUUUUUUUCUGUUAGGAACUUUGUUAGUUUUUGCACAAGAAUCCACAAGAAUGUCUCUAAGUAGAACAUUUAUUUUCCCUCCUAUUAUUGAGUAGGAUUAACAGUGUAAAUGGAGAAUAUUUAGUUACGUAAAUUUUAAUUACUUAAUUUAUAAGUAUAGUCUUUAACUGUAUAUUUAAGUUAUUUGUAGAAAAUGGAGAGAAGAAUGUAUUUGCUGUGGCAUACUCGUGUUUCAAGCUGUGUAAAAUCCUGAUUUCAUACAUUUUGGUUUAUAUAAGUGCACUGACUCUCCAGUGAAAUUAAAAUGUAAUUUAUUUUAAGCUUUAUUAACAGAUUGAUGUUUUCAUUAAGGACCUAUUUACAGCAAUAUAAAUCCAAUUUAAACCCUCAA